UUGCACGAUAUUCUAAUUUUUCGAGUUUCACCUGUAUUAGCGUAUUGAUGGGUAAGUGGUCAUUAAAUGCUGUUGGAGUAAGUCAAAGACUGGCAAGAUACUUUAACCUUCAUUCCCAUAUUUCAGUCUUAAAAGUGGUCUAACUAUAUGAAACCUUCCAAAAAGAGGUGAUGGCCUCACAAUGUGCCUGUUCAUUACAUAUUUUUGCUUCUAAUAAGCUGCGGAAUUGUUAACAUUAGUAUUUCAAUUGCACAGAGAUUGCACAAUAUUGGAUUACAGUUUAUUUAGCACAUGAAGGCUUCAUAGCAAUGUGAGCUGCUGUGCGUAUUUCAGUCUGUAAGUGAAUCCUUGUUGUGUACCAAACAUUAUUUUUGAAGCAUUUUAUUUGACUACAGAUUAUUCAAUUCAUUUGUAGUAAAAAUGUAGUAAGGUAUUAAAUCAGUUUAAUGAUAGAGUAAAAGCACAUUUUAAAAGAUGCUUUCUUUUAAUGCAUAAAUAAGAGUUGGAUUUUAUUGUUAUGAGAGGGUAAUUGUGAUAGAAUCAGAUACUGACAGGCAAUCUUGCCUAACAUAAAAUAGAUACAUGACAUAAUUAAUCACGUUGGAUCUGGACUUUAUACUUAGUAUAUAUAUUGGAAUAACUGGAACUAGUCAUUACUCUUUUUCUAGAAAAAUCUUACAUGCUUCAGAAUUAUGCUUUCAACAUUUUGGAUUCAUAAAUUAUGAGAAUUAGUUAUACCUUUGAAAGAAUUCUGAAAAUCGUGAAUGAAGAACACAUUCUUGUAUUUAUAUAGGCUAGUUAACUGUUGUGGUGGUGAUAUUAAAAAGUUAUAUUUUCUCUCUUUUUUCUUCUGUUCACAAGUAAAUUAAUGACUCUCGUGGUCUCCCAGUUUGCAUCCAGCUAUGUUUUCUAUUGGAAGAAGUAUUUUAAGGAGCAGCCCCUUUUGUAUCCACCAGGAUUCGACGGACGUGUUGUGUUGUUUCCUAGUGACCAGAAUCUAAAAGAUUAUCUCAGUUGGCGACAAGCUGAUUGUCACAUCAAUAACCUCUACAAUACGGUAUAUUGGACUCUGGUGCAGAAAAGUGGCCUCACACCUGAAGAUGCCCAAAAGCGACUUCAGGGAACUCUUGCAAGUGACAAGAACGACAUUUUAUUUUCAGAAUUCAACAUUAACUACAACAAUGAACCUUUGAUAUAUAGGAAAGGAACUAUUUUAGUGUGGCAGAAGGUAUAUGAAAUCAUUAGGAAAAAAAUUAAAACACCAGGAGAAACAGAAGAGAAGGAAAUUGAAGUAACCCGGAUGAGAAAUACACCAGUUCCUUUGCACUGUGAUAUUAUUGGAGAUCAAUUUUGGGAACAGUAUCCUGAAAUCCUGUUUGAUGAUAGCUGACCUUUUUUAUCUGGAUUUUACUGUGAACUAUUGUGUACAAGGACUGCAUCAUGGUGGAAAAGGGAUAAACAUAUUCCUGUACUUUGUAAUAGCCAUUUUUUAAAGAUUUUUAUUUUAUUUCAUUUUAUUUUAAAAAAAGAUUUUAUUAGAAUGUACCAAAAAAGCCAGGUAUUGUUCAUAAAUAAAUACUUUUCUAUUAAAAUUACAAGAGGGCUGAUAAUAAUCUUAACAAACUUUAUACUGGAAAAGGAAUGCCUUUAAUUUCGUCUCUGGCCCUCAAAAGGACUCUACUGCUGUAGGUCUCAUGAGAUGCUAAGUUGCCCAUUUAAAACUCUGAAAACAUUUAAACUACUCCUUCAAAUUAAAUUCUAUCAUCAGGGAGCCAAGUUACAAAUUAUCCUAGUUGCUAAUGUCUCUGGAUUAUAUGAGUGAUAAACAAAAUACCCUGGCAAGUAGCAGAAAGUAAUUAGGAAGUUUUCUCUCAAGUGUAAAUUAGUUCCGGCCUUUUUGAAAGCUAUGGAAACAUAAUUUCCCUCUGUAAUCGAACGUUUAUUAUUUGGACUCUCUCCUUGCUGCUUUUCGGAUUAUUAGACAAGGUCUCAGGUGGCCAGCCGAGAGCAAUAAUGUUAUUGUAUGAGGGGGAUAGCGCGGCAGGCUGUGUUUGUAGGUCAUGCUCUCAUUUUGCUGCUGCCUGGGAAACUAUCCAGUUCCUGCUGUUGAGAAUUGUGGCAACCAACUUACUGGAAGUCUUGUACUGGGAUGUGAAGUUCAGAGAGUUGUCUUGCUCUUCUGCCUUUUUAAAGGCCAAACUGCCCAAGAACAAAAAGGAUGAAGCCAUUUGGAGCAAAUGCAUGAUCUGUGUAAAGAUGGCCCAAGACAGGCUUCUGGUGGCUAAUGACAGGAAGGUUUUUAUAGAGAACUUUCUAAGGGGUCAUCUUAGUUCUUUGCCUUUCUCUGUUAAUUUGCUUUAAGAGGAGUUCGUUUGGAAUGAUAGGCACUGAGCAUCAUUUUUAAAGGCAUUUGAAAAAAGCUGUACUCAUAUUUUCUGAAAUGGCAAGGGCCUUCAUGACUACAGUUAAGAUGACAUUAAAAAGGUAAAAAGAAACUUUGAAGCAAUGUGCGUUCAAAGAAUAGUAUGUCUCAGCAAUCCACAAUACUUUGUGAAGUUAGCAGGAAUAAUAGCUGAGGUAUAAAGCAGCUAUGUGCAAGGUGGAUUUUUAUUGUUUGUAUUCCUCCUUUCCAUAAGGUGCUCCAGGUUAUUAGCAGCAACAAUAAAAAAGUAGUAAGAACAAUAACCAGUUAAACUAGUGAGAUUCUUCUUGCUAAUCUUGCUUCAAUUAUUUGGCAGGACAGAAAGAAGGGACUCUCCUGAACAUCUUAAUAUCUGGGCAGGCUUGUACAUAAACUACAUAUUGGAGGUUUUAAUUACAUCUUGAAAACAGACUGAGAAUUGAAUGGAGGUAUUGUAAUAUGACAAGUCAUGUGCACCCUGUAACAAGCAUAGGUCGUUCUCCAAAAUCAUAGUCUGAAAUAGGUUAAG